GUUUGACAUCAUUAAAAUGUCCACUCAGUUAAAAGAAAUAGAGAAUUUUCUACCCAAAUGUUGUUUCACUUGUUGUUCCAUGUUAGAAAACAUCAAAUUUCCAACAUUAUUAAAAACAAUUGAAGACAACUGUUUUGCUCGUUGUGGUUCACAGAAGUCAGUCAACAUUUUUAAUAUUGAAAAUUCUAUUGGAGAUGGCGUGUUUAUGGAGUGUUCAAGUUUGACAUCAAUAUUUAUUGGAGGGUCCGCUACUAAAUUUGGUAAAAAUACAUUCAAAGACUGCACUUCACUUAUAGAUGUUAAAAUACCACCUCUUGUUAAAAAAAUCGGACUCGGUCUUUGCUCAGGAUGUACCAAUUUGCCAUAUUUUGAACUUCCAGAUCAAUUGGAAGAAAUUCCAGAUUAUACCUUUUAUCAAUGCAGUAAUUUAGAAACUGUUAAUGUUCUAUGUAAUAUAACUAAAAUUGGAUUUAUGGCGUUUUUGAGGUGUGAAUUAUUGAAAGAAUAUAAAGUCCCAGCAACUGUCAAAUCAAUUGGCGCCUCUUGUUUUAUGGGAUGCAAUUUAUUAAAGAUUUGUGUUCCUAAAACUGUAGAGUCUUUGGGUGAAAAUUGUUUUAAAGAAUGCAAAAAAGUGAAAAGGGUAUAA